CUAAAGCAAAAAAGCAUAAACUCUUGUGCAUCCAUCCGGCAGUGUCCUACAUUGUAUAGUGAACGUUUGCUGAUUUUGCUGUGGCCCCUCUGGACGCAACGGCAGUACGUUGUACGAUAUUUUUGAGUGUGAAUCCUUCUUUCUUACAUCGUAGUGUGCAUUGUGCUUCAUACGCUGCCGGCAACCACGGUUUUGUGACGUUCGUUUGGAGUAUAGUUCGGUGGCCCAGUUUGGUUGGUGCGGAAAAUUGAAUGUGGCGCGCAAAAAAUGUGCUUCCGAUGAGCAGUGGUGGUGAAAACAGACGUGGCUGACGGGUGCAAUUUUAAAACACACAUACACACACAUACACACACACACACGGGCGCAAUUCACACAGCACGUCUACCCACAAGCGCGAAAAUAUCUCCAUAACGAAAUCGCGUACGAGGCGGACGAAAUGUUUGGUAUUAAUUUGUUCAAUAGCGUGUUGACAGUUUUCGUAUUUGCACAAGCGUACCAGUCCGUGCACAUAACGAACCUAAACGUACCGAAGACGUACGUCCUCGAUCGGAGCACUUACGAUGUGGUCGGAUCCAGCACACCCCCGUCGGUGGUACAGUAUGGUGUGGGUGGUGAUGGGGAAGAUGACGAUGUUACCACCGGUCUGCCGAUGACAUCCACCACCGUUCAACAGCUACCCGCCAGCGUGUCUACAGUGCCGAGCGAACUGAACUUCACAACCGACACCGGCCUGAAGCCACUCAUCAUGGACUGUCAGUAUGAGAUUAAGGCGCGCGAAUGCGGCUUCGUGCUCAAGUGGUACUUCAACAAGAAGCUCAUCUACCAGUGGAUACCGUCCCGGACACCGGUCGGAAUGAACCAGUUCAAGAACGAGCUGCAGACCAACUACUCGAUGUCCGAUUCCAUCAACUACAAGUACCGUGCCUUGGUAAUACGUAAUCCGAAGCUGAACCACAGCGGCGAAUACAUGUGUUCGGUGCAGACGUACGAUUCGUUCGAUCGGCGAAUGGCGCGGUUUCAGAUUGUCGUGCCCGAAAAAACGUUACUCCUACACUACGAAAAUGAUGGCGAAAGUGAUAACAUGCUAUUAAUCAAGUGCAGCGUGUUCAUGGUAUACCCCGAGCCGAACCUGCUGCUGAUCGUUAGCGGUAAUCUGUUCCUGGUCAGCUCGCGCACACUGGUCACCGCCGAUGCAAACCACAUGUACAAUAAGACCGUUUACGGGAAAAUCGAUAAACAUUUGCUCAUCUCACCGACCUCGAUCGGCUGCGUGCUGACCGUGCCCGAUUCCGGUUACAUCCGCAAGCGCGAAACCAUCUAUUACGAUCCGACGCCACUAACGAAAUGGAGUCGCCUACGGAUGGACGAACGGGGCCACUUUCAGCUGCUUUCCGAUGACGGUGCAGGCCAAUUAAAUCCACUUGCCGGUUGGUUGAUUAGUUUAAUUGUAUUUCUACAGCGCGCCGUUCUCUGGCGACACGACGCAGAUUCAAUGAAAUAGGAUAGUCCGUGAUGGACGUAGAAAGGGUUUUCAUUUCAUUUUGAGUGAUUAGUUAUUCAGUCGAUAGAAAACAAAGAAAAAACAAUGUGUAAGAAUAAAGGAAAUAGAA